AUGGCUACCAUGGCUUCGAUCUCUUCAUUACCUCUCAAAUCCGUUGAUCGCAUUUCUUCUUCAUCGUCUCACCGUGAAAAAUCCCUCAAUUCCUCUUCCAAGCGCUUAAAACCCUUUUCCGUCACCUGCCGACUGGACGCUCCGACCAAAAGAAGCGAUACAGAACGAAAGAGGUGGAGAAAGUUUGUUUCGACUUCAUUGGCGGCUGCGGCUGUGAUUGCGCUUGGCUCUGCCAACAUAUCCGCCUUGGCGGAGCUCAAUAAGUUUGAAGCUGAAACAAGGGGCGAGUUUGGAAUUGGCUCGGCAGCCCAAUUUGGCUCUGCAGAUCUCAAGAAAGCUGUACAUGUUAAUGAAAAUUUCAGAAGAGCCAAUUUCACAGCUGCUGAUAUGAGGGAAUCAGAUUUCAGUGGCUCGACUUUCAACGGUGCUUACCUUGAGAAAGCAGUUGCGUAUAAAGCCAAUUUCUCUGGUGCGGAUCUCAGUGACACUCUAAUGGAUCGCAUGGUUCUGAAUGAAGCUAAUCUGACAAAUGCAGUGUUAGUUAGAUCAGUCCUGACCCGGAGUGAUCUUGGGGGAGCUAAAAUUGACGUCUGGGUACGCGAGUUGAUGAAUUUGCAGGGAUCGGGAUGGAAUGAGGAGCUGAUUCGGCGAAAGUGCAACGACAAAGAUAGUAAUGCAAUUCUAGCCAUUAAGUCUAUCCAGGCCGGGUCGCCUGAUAGGUGGAAGUGGCUUUUCGAUGAAAAGGGUAACUUCUCCAUGGCUAGCUCUUAUUCCCAUCAUAAGGAUGAUAAAGCGAAUAAACUCGGUAUGGCGGGAAGCAGCCGAUCAGCUGGAUCUAGAAAGCCUCCGCCACAAGGCAUCUCGGCUAGACGAGCUUAG